UUCUUGACUCUUUAUCAGAUUCCAGCAGUAUAAAACUAGAAAAUUGCAUACAGUAUCUGUUACAGGCUUAACAUUAAAAAUAUUCCAAAGGUAUUUUCAAUUUCAUAAACAUUCAAAAAAUUGACCAUUCAGACCAAAGCUCUUGAAGCAAAAUCUUGGUUAAUGAAGAACCUAGAGAAGUUGAUCCUGGGAAAGGAUAAUUCACCACAAUUGAUCUCCCCAUUUGGAACUGCCACGAUUCGACAUUUCAAAUGAAAUGAAGUUGGGAAGUACGUCCGGAAAAACUACGAUGAAGAAGUAGAGGAGAAGAUCAAACAUGAGAAGUACCAAAAGUCUCUAUUUGAUAAGUUCAAGCUCACCUCUUGUCUAGACCUCCUCCAGAAGCACAAACCUAAGCUUACUACUGGGUGUAAGUAUAUCGAUGAGUUCCUGAAGGGAGGAAUUCCUUCUGGAAGACUUUUCGAAGUCUUCGGAGAAGGCUCUACAGGCAAAACUCAAUUCAUUUGUCAAUUGAUGAUUCAUUCAGUCCUGCCUGAAGAGUUUGGAGGUCUUGGUGGUAAAGCUCUAGCCGUGCUCACAGGUAAAACUCUCAGUGAGAAGCGCUUUAAUGAGAUCAAGGAUAAUAUCCUUGAACAAAACCCUGGCAGUAAGACCUGUGAUGAGGUCGAUCGGGAUCUCAAACUGCUAGAAAUCUCACAGAAGAAUGUCUAUGAGAGCUUCAUGGAAGAUAUUGAGAAAAAAGUUGAGAAUGAUAAUAUAAAAUGUCUCAUCAUUGACAAUAUCGCUUCCAUCUGUGAAGCUUUCUCUGAAGCCCAAUAUGAAGAAGAUAAGGAAGAUAUGAUGAAUAAAAGAGAGAAGAAGGAAGCUGAUAAGUUCCGUUUCGAGAAAACCAAGGAUGCUUUUAAUAGCCUCAGCAACCCUAAUACCUUCGGAGAGAACGAGAAUGAAGAAACAUCUCAUAGAGAUCCGCCGAUGAUUGAUUACAUCAAACGGGCUGAGUUUUUAGCUUAUAAUGGAAAAGUUCUGAAAAGACUUGCUGAGGAGAAAGGAAUGGUGGUAAUCACGGUAAACACUGUAUCUGCAGAUAUGGCAUUCAAGAAUAACGAUGAAGAUCCCACUAAAAUGUUCACAGAGAAGUACAGAGCCAGGGCGAAUUAUAAGGCAUCCCUAGGAAACACAUGGACUUACCAAGUAAAUGAUAGAAUUUGCUUCCAAAAAAUCCAAAGGAGCUCAAAUAACUUCACUAGAAAACUAGUUGUCGACAAAUCAUCGCACUGGCCUCAUGUUACCAUGGAGUUUGAAAUCCACGAAGGUGGUAUUAAAGGUGUUAUUAAAUAAUUCCCAAUAACUUUCCU